CGAAAAUCAGCUUCAUUCCCAGGCAGUCGCUUGAUAGCAGUAGACAAUUUUGUGGUUUUUAAAAACUAAAAAAAAAACAAAAAGUUAUAAUUUAAAAUAAAUAUAAUAAAUGUGUUGUUGAUUCGAGUUGUGGUUUUCUGCGCUUCGUGUUGAAAAAAAUACUGUGAUAAUCGGCUGUGGUUUCUAAAAAAUUCUAUAAAAUAGUUGCAGUUACAAAAGUUCCACACAUUUUUACAAUCUUUGGUGCUGUGUAUAACAAUUAAAGUUUUGUGCGUUAGUUAUUGUACGAAUAUUAGGAAUUUGACAAAAUGGAAUUGCCAGCGCCCGAGCAAUUGAAGCAAUCGUUAUAUGUGCCGAAUAAAACGCUGAUGGGACCCGGUCCCUCCAAUUGCACACAGCGUGUACUCGAUUCGUUAAGCAAUCCAGUUCUGGGACAUAUGCAUCCAGAAUGCUUCGAGAUCAUGGACGAUAUCAAGGCAGGCGUCAAAUACCUUUUCCAAACGAAAAACACUGCUACAAUGUGUAUUAGCGGCUCGGGACAUGCCGGCAUGGAGACAGCUUUUGUUAAUCUCGUGGAGGAUGGUGACGUUGUGCUACUCGCCUGCACCGGUUUGUGGGGAUAUCGUGCCGCCGAAAUGGUUAAACGUUUAAAUGGCGAUGUGCGCUAUGUGGAGUCACGUUUUGGUCACGCAUUGUCACUGAAAGAAAUCGAAUUCGCCUUUGAGGGACACAAACCUCAAGUUUUCUUCAUUGCACAAGGUGAUUCCUCGACGGGCAUUUUGCAGCCACAACUAAAGGAAAUCGGUGAGCUUUGCGAAAAAUACAAAUGUCUUUUCGUGGUUGAUACAGUCGCCUCACUGGGUGGCGUUGAAUUCCUAAUGGAUGCCUGGAAAGUUGACAUGGCCUAUACGGGUUCACAGAAGGUGCUCGGCGCACCUGCCGGCAUUACGCCCGUCUCAUUCAGUGAUCGUGCCAUCGCGCGUAUAAAAGCACGCAAAUCCUACGUAAAAUCAUACUAUUUUGAUGCGUUGCUCGUUGGACAAUAUUGGAACUGUUUCGACACGCCACGUAUCUAUCAUCACACCAUUUCUUCUACGCUUUUAUAUGGACUGCGUGAAGCAUUGGCACAGUUUUGUGCUUUGGGUCGCAAGAAUGUGAUACAUCGCCAUCAAGAGUGCUCACAUCGGCUGCAAUGUGGUGUGGAGGAGAUCGGAUUGGAAAUGUUUGUGGUGAAAGCCAAUGAUCGUUUGCCCACCGUAAACACCAUCAAAGUGCCAGCGGGUGUGGAGUGGCAAAAGGUGUCUCAAUAUGCGAUGAGAAAAUACAAAUUGGAGAUCAGUGGUGGCUUGGGACCCACAGCCGAACAAGUCUUCCGUAUUGGACUGAUGGGCGCAAACGCCACUUACGAACGCGUCGACUUAGUACUCAACAUUUUGCACGAAGCCAUACAAAGCACAAAAUUUGUUGAAAAAUCCAAGAUUUAACAGAAAUAUUGAUUCUAAAUUACUCAUCCGCUGUCGUAUAUGCCUAUAUAUUCCUAUUAAUUUAGGCUAUCCAUUAAUUUUGUUACUUUCCUAUACAGAUCCAUCGUAAUACUCAUGCAUAUAGUUAUAAUUAUAGAGUAAAUGCAAAAUAUUUGAAAACGAAUCUAAAAACUAAUAUUUGAGGAUCUUGUCCUCUCCCCGUGAGUUACGGGCUAGCAACUUGAAGAUUUUAUUGCGGCUAUUUUGGAAUUUUCCGCAGUCAUCGGGUACAGACAGUAACAGUUGUUGUAACGGUUAUCUAGUCCCUAUUAGGGUGGUAAGAUUCAGAUAAGUUGUCGUCGAGUUCAUCUAAUGGUAGGCCCAGGAAACGCGCUGUUUUGACGAAGUCAGACCAUAGGGAGAGGUGUGUCAGAUGUGUAAGGUUAGCUGGGCUUGCAAAGAGACGGUUGGGGUCAUGUGGAGCGUCGUUGCUUUCUGGACAUAUAUGUCGGGAUCGAUUCUGUAUAAGGAGGAGUUUCGCCUGCUACAUUAUCCAGAACGUAGGUGCGCAAUGUCACUCUCAAUUCUUGUGGCAACUCGAGCACGUCGUUUGUAAUGUGGUGGUUUGAUGCCAAUUAAUUCAUUCACUGGGAGGAAGUCGCUGAAGCUUAUAGCUCCACUGUGAAUGGCGAUCAGUGCAUGUCUGGAGUUAGUUGUUAUAGUCCGAAAUCUGGUCGGCGUAUUGUCUUAUGUCGUCGAUGUAGUUGAGGAAGGACGGUUUGAAGCUCCUAGGAGCCGGUUCCGCUUCAAGCAGGUGUCUGCAGUGAUGAUUUCUACGAAAGCGCCCCAGCACAAACUGCUUGGCGAGAAGUUUAUUAUGCUCCUUAACUGCGAGCAAACGGAGCUCGCUGUGCGGAUGUUCGAUAGGAGACAUCAAAAGGCAUCCCGUUAUAGUUCGGAGUGCAGUGUUCUGACAUAUCUGAAGCUUCCUCGUCUGCGUUUCACUGCAUCCAGGUGGCCAUAUAGGUGCGACGUCGUUUAGGACCGCCUGUGCGAUUGCCUUGUGUGUUGCCAACAAUAUUUCUUUGCCUUUUCCCCACGUGCUGCCGGUUAGCGACUUGAGGAUUUUGUUGCGGCUCUGUACUUAAAGGCCAAUAUUUCUGAAAACAAAUUCCUUAAACGAUAUCAUUGAUUGCCUCAAGCCUACACAUGUCUUAAAUUGAAGUUUCAUUCAUAGAGUAGUAUAUAUUUAAAUAUAAUAUUUUCUGCAGCUGACUCACUAUCGAACUCCAAUUUUAAGUCUUAAAACUUGCAGCAUAUUUUUUUGUGGGACAAAAUCAAUUCAUACAUCAUAAAUGCGAGAAAACUUACAAAAAAAUCGGAUCUUUCAAGACUCUUUUGUUUCUUGCCUACUUCUCUGACAUCAUGGAAUGUAUAUGGUAUAUAUUUAUAUUACUGUACAUAUUACAUUAGGGGUAUUCUCUUGCUCUUGUAAAACCCUUGCAUGGUGCACGAAUUGCAGAAUUUUCCUCUGGGUGCAACGGCACAACAACAAACACACGCAGAAAAUUAUUUGCAACGGCUGAAAAAUAUAUAUGUCAGACGAAAACCCAUGUUUAUUUUCGUGCAAUGACAUGUUAAAAUAUAAUUGCAACCCUGUUUUAGCUGUCAUUUUAGAUAAAGACAUAUUACGCCGUUAAAUAGUUGAGGAAGGUAAAUUUUAAAUAGAUUUUAUAAUUUCUACCUAAAUUAUGAAGAUUUGUUAUAGAUUUAUAUUAUAUAGUUAUAGAUUUGUUAUUUUGUUUUUAUUUUAUUAAGAAUGAAUGCAGAAGAUGCGCCAAUUCACAAUAGCAAUGCACAAUAGUCAUUAAAAUGACUGAAUCAGCCUUUCAUAUAUCACUAGAUUCUGCAAUGGGUGCCCUCGUGCCCUUGUACAUAUAUUUCGGUAUAGGAUUUUUGCAAUCUGCAAUCUUGCCAGAGUAAGAGAAUCGCCCUAUUAUAUUUUCCGAAUAUAAAAUUACUCAGAGUUCUAUAUUGUUCAAAUUCUAUACUUUCAUCUACAUAUAUAAACUUUGGUGCCACGGAAAAAAAUCUUUCCCUUUUCAUUUUAGAUUGGUUUUUACCAUUCAAAGAGGGUCAAGAACGCGUUGACGACGAACCACGUCCAAGUAAUGAUCAACACGUCAAUAAAGUAAAGCAAUUGGUGUUUGAGAAUUGACGAUUAACAAUAAUGUUAUCUUAUUUGCAUCGUUGGAAUAUCUGAAGGAUCAGUGAAAACCAUUUUAAAAGAUCAUUUGGGCAUAAAUCCCUAAAUUUUUUCGAAAUACGGCGUCGCGAAACGCGAAACAAUGCUUUCCGACUAUCAGGCUGUCAUGAAACGUAUUAUUACUGUCGAUGAGUCUUGGAUCUAUGCUUACGAUCCGGAAACAGAUGAUCAAUCAGCCGAAUCCGUCAAGGCAUUUUAAAAAUCAAGGUUAUGUUGUUUUUUUGCACUCCGAAUUUCUUCCGACCGAUCAAACUGUCAACAAGGAGCAUUAUAUGAAUACGUUAUUUACGCGAAGCUAUUCUUAAAACGAGGCCGAAAUUAUGGGCCGAAAACUCUUAGUUUUUGCACUACGAAAAUACGCCCUCUCAUAUUGCAUUGAACCAAUAUCAUGCCGAAACCAUCGUGUUUGCCAGAUUUAACUCCGUGCGACUUCUGGCUAUUUAGAAAACUCAAAUGACCGCUCUAGGGAAACCGUUUUGAGUCAAUAGAAGACAUUAAACAUGAAACGCUAUGCGCAUUGAAGGCUAUUCCGGAAAUUAACUUUAACAGUUGGUAAAGUUAGUCGUUGGCACAAGUGUAUCGGGCCAAGGGGACGACAUAGAUUUUGAAGAAUAAAUUAAGUAUUUUAAAAUUAGGAGCAAAGUCUUACUAUGCUUUUGUUCAUAGUGGUAAGUAACCGAGGAUCGAUUCUAUGUGGUUCACUGAAUAUAUUAAACUCAUUAUUGUGAUCUUAAUUAUAAUUGCUUUGACUGACAGACGGAAUUAAUGUCGGUACUUGACAGAUUUAGGUGUUAUAUCAAUUACGCCUGGUAUGUUCGACUUGGUUCAUGAUAACAUAGGAACAACAAUUUUUGCUCAGAUCAAAGGCAAAUGAUAACGAAAAUAAGAAAAAAGAUUAACAUCGGUUGCAACUAAGCUAUAAUACCCUUCACAAAUACCAAAGAUUCCAUUCAAGAUUCUACAUAUAAUCCAAAUAGCGACUUGAUCUGAACAAUUUCUUUGAAUAUUGUAGCUUGUUGUCUUGUAUAAGAUUCCAUGCUAAUUUCGUGAAGAUAUCACAUCAAAUGAAAAAGUUUUCCAUACAAGCACUAGAUGGCAGUUAUACUAUAUGCUACAGUUCACUGAUUUCGGCCGUUCCGUCAAAUGAACAGCUUUUUGAUAAGAAGAGGACGAAUGCGAAAUUUUAGAUCGGUAUCUCAAAAACCUACCUGAACUAGUUCGUAUGUAUACAGUGGGACGGGCGGACAGACUGAGAGGCUAAUUAGCUCGUCACCCUGAUCAUUUACAUAAAUAUACUUUGUGUGGUCUCUAACAUUUCCUUUAUGGUACUACAAACAUCGUGGCAAACUAAAUACGAGGGCUGCUAUAUAUAUUUCUGGCCUAAUAAUGAAAAUAGGAAUAUUUAUCAACGAAAAUGGUUUUACUCUUUUUCAAAAUAUUCUCCAUCAAGAUUUAUACACUUUUGCAUGCGCUCAAACCAAUUUUCGAAGCACUUUUUCCACUCCGAUUGAGACACCUCCAAAACAUGGUUUUUGAAUGCUUCAACAGCAUCUUCUGGCGACGAAAAUCGUUGACCACGCAUUAUUUUCUUGGUGUGGGAAUAAAAAGAAGUCAUUGGGUGUCAAGUCAGGGCGGUACGGCGGAUGACCGUUUUGGCCGGUCAAAAAGGGGCUGCUUUGAGCCGAUGUGUGAGAGCUCGCAUUGUCAUGGUGCACAAUGAUUCGUCUUCUCUUGUUCGUUUUCCGAAUUUCUCCGAAGACUUCAGACAAACAAAUGGUGGUGUACCACUCAGAAUUGACCGUCCUACGUUGCUCAAGCGGAACAGUCGCCACAUGACCAGUUUUGCCGAAGAAACAGGCGACCAUUUGCUUCGAAGUGCUUCUUCCACGAACAACUUUCGUUGGAUUUGGCUCGCCUUGGAAGACCCACACGGUCGAUUGCUGUUUUGUUUCGGCCUCAUACGCAUAGAUCCAUGAUUCGUCACCUGUGACAAUCUUAUAAACGUCUUUUGAAGCACCGCGAUCGUAUUUUUUCAGCAUUUCUUUACACCAAUCCACACGAGCCUUUUUUUGAGCGAUUGUCAAAUUGUGCGGGAUCCAACGAGAACAAACCAUUUUUACGGCCAGGUGUUCAUGCAAUAUCGAAUGUAUGCUGGUGGGAGAAAUGCAUAGGCAUGCCUCUAUCUGAAGGUAUGUUACAUUUGGUUUCAACAAGAGGGCGCCACUUUCCACACAUCAAUCAUUUAAUUUAUUGAGAGAACACUUCGGUGGGCAAAUAAUUUAACGUUUUGGUCCGGUCGAUUGGCCACAAAGAUCCUGUGAUAUCACACGGCUAGACUCUUUCGUGUGUAGAUAUGUAAAGUUUAAAGUCAAUGUGGACAAUCCCGCUUCGAUUCAGGCCUUGGAGCAAAACAUUACGUUUGUCAUUCGCUAGUUACCAGUCGAAAUGCUCGAACGAGUCAUUGAAAAUUGGACUCAUUGGAUGGAUCAUCUGAGACGUAGUGCGACCAACAUUUGAAAGAGAUUAUCUUCAAAAAAUAAAUGCCAAAGAAUUUUCUCUCGAAUGAUAAAAAUUCCCCAUUAAAUUUGAAGUGAAUCUCGUAAUUAAUCACCCUUUACAUAUGAUCUUGCUUAAUUCAUUAAGUUGAGUUUGUCAUCAACUAUGUGAGUCUCGAGAAAUUACAGCUUUUAGUAAUUUUCACGGGGCUUUAAUGGUACGGAACUUGUCGACAGCGCCGCAGACCCCAACAGAAAUCCAUUAUGUGCUACAACUAUUGUUGGACAGAUUUUUUCAAGAUUUCAACCAAAUAUAGGCGAGUAAUUUCAACGUAACUCACUCACUCAUGUAGUCACCUUAUCAGGUCUAUAAGACUAUGUCAUAUGUGUAUAAGUAUAUAUGUAAUAUGCAAUGUUAGAUGGAAAAAAUUAUGUUCCAAAAAUUUAUUCACUUGCUGGCUUCUGAGAUCAGAGUAAAUGAACGCAAUGGCAUGACACUUUUACUCUUGAGCAUCUAGGUAUUGGUAUUCUUUACUCGAAGACAGCUUAAAAAGAAGAUAAAGAUUUAAUAUGAAGUAAGAAUUUUCUUAUCAACAUAUACAUAUCUCUAUAUGGCUCUUUCUGUUUCUUUAUUAGUUUUUGAAGUUAUACUUCUUAUACGACGCCGGAAAAGGUUGCGAUAGAUUCUGGUUGCGCAACCUUCCAUAUAAAAGUAACGCAAGGUUGCGCAACCUCGCUCCAUCCAUAUGAAUGUAACGCAACCUUGUCUGCGAAGAUGUGCGAGCAGCAAGCGAAGCGGUGACAAUCGGCGAUCGUGUUUUCGUUUCUUUCGGCACAGCUCGGCUUUUCUACCAACAACACAAUGUUGCCAUUCUUAUGCUUAUGCUGUUGAUGUUUUUGUUUUCGUAGAACAAUGAUUCAAUUUUUGGUUGGUGACAUAUUCACAUGUGUGCGCAUAAAUAUGUUUGUAUGCUUGUGCAUUAUUGAAGUUAUACUUCUUUUUCUUUCGUUUGUCUUUCAUUUCUGCGAAUUCUCAACUAUUUUGUGUGACUUUUAAUUGAAAUACUCUGCGUUGGCCUUUCAGAAUCACACAGAAUCAUUUCUGUGGUUUUUGAAAUCGACCCACGAGGACGAGGUAUAUCGUUUUAUCUGGGAGCGUGAGAUUUAAGAAAAUCGUUUACAAGGGAUAAAACGACUUCUGAGUGGCGAUUUUAAUGAAUAAAUUCACAGAAUAAUUUCUGUGCUUUUGGAAAUCGACCCACGAGGACGAGGUCGUCCUCGCUUACAAGGGAUAAAACGACUUCUGAGUGGUGAUUUUAAUGAAUAAAUUUCUUUUGGUUGAAAAUACUCUGCGUUGGCCGUUAAGAAGUUAAGACUAUACUUCUAAGAGAUCACAGCAAUAUUAUGUAUAUGUUUAUACAUAUUAUGUAUGUAUAUGUAUGUAUAUUGCUGUGAUAAAUUUAUUGCGAAAGCAAAUGUUCUACAAAGUAUGUAUAUUUCUAUACUUAAACAAAAUUAUUAGAACCAUCGUAUGUUUCUUGCAUGAAUGACCAAAUCAUACUUAAGUCAGCGCAAUCUAAGUGUCAAUGGUGAUGUUGGUGGUAAGCGGCUAGAAUGUCACGAUGUGAACACUGGUUCGAAUCUCAACAGAAUUUCUUUUUAAAUUUUUGCUUUUUAACAUCGUAUACUAUACUAAUAAAUAUUUUUUUCUUACUAAUAAAAAAUAAAUUUAUGACAGCAAUAUACAUAUACAUACAUAAUAUUGCUGUGAUAAAUUUAAUUUCUAUUAGUAAGCAAAAAAUUAAAAAUAAAUUUGUUAAGACUAUACUUCUCAGGGCAUCACAGCAAUGUUAUGUAUAUGUAUAUACAUAUUAUGCAUGUGCGCGCAUUGACUUGCAUGUUCAUACAUUCAUAUAUACUUAUACAUAUGUAUGUACAUAUAUUUGCAUACAUUGGCGAAAAAAUAAUGCACAAGCAUACAAACACAUAAUAAAUUUAUAAAAUGUGAAUUUAAGUUUUCUAGUUUUCUUUUAUACUAAAUGAUAUGCAUUUCUGAAUAUCACUAAGAAGUAUAACUUCAUCCGCGCGUAGGGACUCCACGCACCUUUUUUUUUUUUUUAACGGCUGAAAUAUAGCCAAUGUUGUGAAGCGCUCGUCGUGCUGUCCAUUCACUAACGUGCUUAUUUUUGGCAACUAAAGUAUUUUUCGGUGUAAUGGUCUUAUUCUGCCUCAUUUCUGCCAUCAUAAGACGUGCAUCCGCAUCGGUCAACAGUUUGCGGCAGCCUUUGGUUUACUCUUUGGGAGCAGUAUGUCGUCUUUUUUGAACGCAAAUGACCACAGAUAGACUAAUAUUUAACUCCUUGGCUAUUUCCCGAGAUGAAGCACCAUUAUUUGUUAAGGAAACUACAUUAUUCUCCACAUCACACGAUAACUUUUUCAUUUUUUUAAAUACAGAAUAUUAUUGCGGUACACUUGAUAUAACACUUUAUUUAUUACUAAUCACACGUUUUUACACAUAAAUUUGCAUUACUGGGUCGUAGACGAUAGCAAACAAUUCAAAACUAACGGUAUAAACUGGCUUUAUGCUGAGUACAUACAAGAGUGCAAAAUUGAGUGCAUGCGAGUUAUUUUUGUUAUGGUUUUUUAUCUCUAUGAAUUUGUUGCUUUAUGUUUUGAAUUUUUUGUUGUUUUAUUUAGAAUGGAACAACGAAUAAACGAAAAAAUAUUUGUUUUUA